UCGAUAAGUCAAGAAUGGCAAUAGCCUCUAAAUUAUUAUUACCAUCUCUAGUCAGUGCUGCCAGCUAGCAGAACAGCAGAAAAACAGCCAAAGUUGACGUGAAAAUAGCUAAGUUCGCUACACUGAGGAGUAAUACACGUGCGCGUGUUUUGAUUUGUUCGUAAACAAAAAUGCACUUGAAUUGAUUUUAAAGCCGCUGCCAAUCGAAUAAGUCACAAAAUGUCGCGUAUUAUAGUGAAGCAGCUGCCCAAGCAUAUCACCGAGGACAAACUGCGUCAGAUUUUCGGUGCCCAGGGAACAAUUACGGAUCUGCAGCUAAAGUAUACGCCCGAUGGGAAGUUCCGGCAGUUCUGCUUUGUGGGCUACAGCUCCGAGGAGGAGGCCCAGUCGGCCAUCAGACACUUUAACAACACCUGCAUCCAAACCAGCCGGGUGCGCGUAGAAUCCUGUGCCGCCCUGGGCAGCGAGGAUAAGCCCCAGUCAUGGAGCAAGUACGCCAAGGACAGCAAGAAGAACCUGGACAAACUGAAGGCCAAGGAGGAGGAGGAGGCGGCGGCCGCCAAAACUAAGGAGGCCAAAAAGAAAAGCAAAGAGAAGACGGACAAGGUGGAGAAGAUUCUGGGCAGGCACAAGGACGAUCCGGAGUUCCAGGAGUUUCUGCAGGCGCACGACAAGUCGCGUACUCUGUGGGGCAACGAUUUGGGCGUGAACAACAACAAGGAAGAGCAGGAGGAUGGUGAAGAUGCAGAGGACCAGGAAGAUCCACCAGGUGGCAGGGAUGACAGUGGAGUGGAUGCCGAUGCAGGGGAUGAGGAUGGCCAGGAAGAUGAGGCCGAGGACGAUGACGAGGAAGAAGAGGCCAAACUGGCUGAGAAGCCCAUCAGCGAUCUGGAGUACAUGAAAUCCCUGAUGGCACCCGCAACCGGAGAUGCCGCCGCCAAGAAACCCAAAGCCAAGGUGGACAAAUCCAACCUAGAGCUGUUCACCAUCAAAAUCCACAAUGUGCCGUACAACACGAAGCGCCAGGAGGUGCUCAAGUUCUUCAAGCCCCUGAAGCCCUACUCCGUCCGACUGCCCAGCAAAGUGCACGGCUUCUGUUACGUGGGCUUCAAGACGGAAAAAGAUAUGGCCAAGGGAAUGCUAAAGAACAAGAGCUUCAUCAAGGGCAAACAGGUCUUCUUCUCCGACUUCACCGAGAAGAACAAGGUGACCAAAGCGAAUAAGAGUGGACAAUCAUCGGCGGAUCCGGCCGCCGCAGAUGCGGGCAAUGCGAAGUGGAAGCACCAGCAGGACAGCUUGUCCAAGGAAGAUGACAUCUCCGAAUCGGGGAGGAUAUUCUUCCGGAAUCUGGCCUACACCACCACUGAGGAGGAGCUGCGCAAGCUGUUCGAGCAAUAUGGUCCCGUGGUGGAGGUGAACCUGCCGGUGGACAAGCUUACGCGAAAGAUCAAGGGCUUCGGAACAGUCACCUACAUGAUGCCGGAGCACGCUCUGAAGGCAUUCAAUAGCCUGGACGGCACGGAUUUCCAUGGACGUCUGUUGCACCUGCUGCCCGGCAAGGAUAUCGAAAAGAAUCCACAAGACGAUCUGGAUGAGAACGAUGCCAGUCUCUCGUUUAAAGAGAAGAAGGCCCUGAAGCUGAAGAAGAGCGCCCAGAAGCCGAUUGGCUGGAACACACUGUUCCUGGGUGCCAAUGCCGUUGCGGACAUUCUGGCCAAGCAGUUUAAGACCUCGAAGGAGCGCAUCUUGGACACCAGCGACGGUGGCAGUGGAGCCGCCGUCCGCCUCGCCCUGGGCGAAACCCAAAUCGUCAUUGAGAUGAAGCGCUUUCUGGAGGAGGAAGGCGUCCGGCUGAAUGCCUUCGAUGAGCCCGCCAAGAAACGCUCCAACACUGUGAUACUAGCCAAGAAUCUGCCGGCCGCCACUGAAACUUCGGAGCUUACGCCCAUAUUCAGUCGCUUUGGCCCGAUUGGCAGGAUUGUGCUACCUCCCAGUGGGGUGACGGCGCUCAUCGAGUACUGUGAUCCCUUGGAGGCAAGGCAAGCCUUCAAGAAGCUGGCCUACAGCAAGUUCAAGAACGCCCCGCUCUACUUGGAGUGGGCACCCGAGCAGGUCUUUACCAAGACCCUCAGCGGCGAGCCAGUGAUUCCCAAAUCGGAGCCCGAGCCGAAACCCAAGGAAGAACCAAAGCAAAAGGAGAAGCCAGAGGUCAAGGCAGAGGAGGAGAAGAAGGAGGUACCCAGAGCAGAGGAUGCCGAUGAUGAGCCCGAACCAAAUACCACACUCUUCUUGCGCAAUCUGAACUUCAAGACCGUGCAGGAAACCGUGGAGAAACACUUCCGCCACCUGGGCAGCAUUCACACCGUGGAGAUCGCGAAACGAAGGGAUCCCGAGAAUCCCCGGAACUUCAAUUCCCUGGGCUACGGAUUCAUUCAGUUCAAGAAGUCCUCCGUAGCCGAGCAUGCCCUUAAAAACUUGCAGCUGACCCACAUCGAUGGCAAUCCCGUGGAGCUCAAGCGCAGCGAUCGGGUGCUCAAGACCCAAGACAAUGAUGGAGCACAACGUCGACUGGCCUCGCAGAAGAAACAAACUGGCACCAAGAUUCUGGUGCGGAAUAUUCCCUUCCAGGCGCAAUACCGCGAAGUUCGAGACAUAUUCAAGGCCUUUGGAGAGCUGCGUUCUCUGAGGAUUCCCAAGAAGGCCACCACUGGCGAGGAGGCGCACCGUGGCUUUGGAUUCGUUGACUACAUGUCCAAGGCGGAGGCCAAGCGCGCCUUUGAGGCCUUGAGCGCCAGUACGCAUCUCUACGGUCGUCGUUUGGUCCUCGAGUGGAGCGCCAAUGAUGACAGCCAGGACGUGGAGGAGCUUCGCAAGCGGACGGCGGCCAAGUUCGGUGAUAGUCAGUCGGCAACGGCGGCGAAACGCAGCAGGAAAUCCUUCUUCGAUGUGGAGGGCAGUGUGCAGCCAAAUCAAGAUGAGGACGAAGAGGAGGAGGAGCAGUAAUCCCCCGCAACAGUUAGCUUAAACGUUGAUUCAAAUGUAUAAAGUAAAGAUUAUAAUACAUAUAAAUUAUAAUUUUAUAAAAUCGAACAAAAAACCCUGCUCUUCGUAAUUUUCUUAGUUUUAACAACUCCGCGAAAUCAUUUACCGAAUCUCGAUGGCAAUUUCUAAAUAGAAUAUACUUUAUUUUACGCUUCUGUUUAUAUAAAAACCUAAAUAAUUAAUAUAAAACAAGACGAGAAAAAAAAAA